UAUUCCCUUGUUACACCUGGCUGUCUGCUAACAAAGAUGACUGUAGAACAAUGAGGACCCUGAAGGCAAUUCCUGAUGGAGAUGGGCAGAAAGGAGAACACACCCUACCGACGUUUUCGUACCUUCUGUACGAUGAGCAUCUCCUCCUGUCGGCCGUGUGUAACUCCGGUGUGAGACACUUCAGCCGGGCGCAGCGCCUGGUCUGCUGCCUGACUCAGAUCACCCUGUGGAUGUUGGGCAGUGCCAUGUGGUACGGGGUCACAGCAGGGCCAGACAUCGUUCUGUUAGACACUGGUGUCAUAAGGCUCCGCCUUUCGGACUUGUUCAGUAGUGCAGCAACCUCGUUUACGGUGUCCCUACCGGUUUACGUCAUCCUUGUACCGAUGUUUUGCAAGCAGCUUCCGUUAGUAGAACAGGUGUCAUCAUCUGCAUCCACCCGGAGAUUCCCUUACAAGAAAAUGGCGUGGAUCCUCGCCAUCCUGACGUCUGUCAGCAGCAGCUUCUUUGUGAUCGUGUACAGUCUACAGUUUGGAGCUAAAGGAAGCCAGGCCUGGCUGAAGGACUUCGUCCUAACAUUCAUGCUCUCCACAUUUUUACUGGAACCUAUUCAGAUCUUUCUGGUGAGCUACUUCCAGGCAGUCAUCAUCAAACCUGUGUUGGAGCCUGUGACAUCUCGUGUCCGGAGAGUUUUAGGGAUGAAAACAGUAAAAAAGGAACCGGUUCCCAUCGAAAUCGUUCACAAAUACAAUGAUAAAUAUGAAGUCCCUGCAGCAAGGGUUUUACCACCCAAGCCGAAGAAAGCCGACCACGACCCGAACUGGCCCGAGCGGAUGACGCAGGGUAGAGACAUCCUGGUCCGUCUGGUCCUGCUGCUGAUCUUCAGCCUGACGUACUUUUACAUCGGGGUGUUGGACACGGAUGUAAACGCGUACUACGUCAAGACGUCGCUACAGAAUAGCCUGUUAACGGGACACGAGGAGGUGACUUCAGUGGACGGUGCUUGGAAAUGGCUGUCAUCUGAACUGAUGCCGUCCCUUCAUCCAGAGCGUGGAUACAGCGGGAAGAAGCUGAGGUGGCUGGACAAACAGUUUCCGGUUGGAACAAACGCAUUCAGGAUCGGUCCGGUUCGCCUGGAGAGAACCACAAUUUAUCCUGAUGACCCCAUAGACUCAGACCUGGAGCGUAGUGGAUCUAAGCUGUAUCCUGAGCUGACGGUCAGGCAAAGAGAUGACGCUGUGGAACGGCUGAGUGGAGUCAGAUGUUCACACAUUUGGAACACAAGUUCUUCGGACGAUAUUAGAAACGGAACAAUAAAUGGAACGGCAGAGUGCUACACCACAUUGGACCUACCACGGAAUGUUGGCCAGGCCGUUGCAAUGAUAGACCUCCUAAAACAGAACAACUGGAUCCUGAUGGUUUCAGACACUCUCAUCCUCCGGGCCAACUUCUACCACCCUGACGUCAAGCUGUUCAGCACCGUGGUCAUCACCCUGCAGUACAUCCCAGGGGGCGCUGUUGAACUGCAGCCAAACAUCCAGACCUUCCGACUGUUCCAGUACCAAACAACAGACGACUUCGUCCAGAUGCUUUUCCACAUCUUGUUCCUGGUUUUCUACAUCUACAACAUUCUUCACGAGAUUUGGGGCAUACGGAAGAACGGUCGUGUCUACUUUAGCAGUUUUUGGAACAUCUUGGUCCUGUGCGGGAUAGGGCUGUCCACUGCUGUUAUUGUGACAUUCGGACUACGUUACUUCUCGGCAGCUGAUGCGUUGGCGGAUAUACAACAGGCUCAAGGUCUACAUGGCAUCGAUGAGUUUAUAGACAUCAGUGCCGCCAGCCAAUGGGACGCAACCUUCAAGUCGAUCCUGUCUUUCUCCAUCUUCAUCAGUACCUUCAGCAUCCUGCGGGUUCUCAACUUCUCUAAGAACGUCGCAACCGUCUUCACUCUUCCUCGUUUGAUGUACCGGGAGGCUUUUGGGUUCCUAACAUACAUGUUCAUCCUUCUACUGUCCUUCACCAUCUGCGGAGUCUUGAUAUUUGGGAAACACAUGAAGAGUUUCUCCGCCUUUAAGGAGACGUCUUACGUCUUAUUUGAGCUGAGUUUGGGAAGGGCGUUCGGCGAUGUUUUCGGGGAAGACAUUAAGAGAGUGGAUAGUGUCCUGGGACCGCUUUACUACGCUACAUUCGUCCUGGUCUUCAUCUGCUGUCUGGUGAAUCUGGGAGUCGGGAUGCUGUGUAACUGGCUGAGCUACUGUCAGACGUCAGACGACAUUGAGGUGGACACGGCGAUGGGAGAUUACUUCUGGAACUCCUUCAGGAGUCUUCUGGGCAUGCGCCAUGAGACCCAAGUUUUUGACGAUGAAGCGCCACUGCCGGAUCACUACAUUGACGAGACCAUCCAGCGGACGGAAUCGGUACUGCAGGAAGUGGACAGGGUCACUGGCCUGAUGUACAAGUUCGAGUGCCGAGGCUUCCCGGAACUGAAAGUCAAAGACACCGCAGGCGGAAGCGGCUUAAAAAUCUGAGCAACAAUAUUUUAUUUAGAAAAAGAACUUUUCACCGAUCAUUAUGUUUUGAAUGCCUUGGGGAGGGACCAACAUUUGAGUACGCAGUCGAGUGAAUCUUGCGUGCCCUCGAUCUGAAUAUCUUAUCAUUUUUCUUGGCGAAUAUUCAUCAUAAAGGUCGAUUUUUGUAAGGGAUGACAGAAGCAUGUCUACCUACAAUAUGGCAAAAAAUCGUUCCGAUAUUUUGACCUGACAGUUGAAUGACAGCUUAUUUUGUCUUUUGAACCAAAACAAACCUGGCAAAUCCAGCUUUACAGUGGGGGGAAAUAUUUGAGGUUUGGAAUGCAGAUUUAAAUGUGUUUUGAAGUGAUUUUUUGGAUGGCUUAACCAUGCAUUGGAAAUUCAUUUGCUAGCCCCUCUCCUCUUGGCUUAGUUAUCAAGAAAGGAAAAAAGGGGUAUACUCAUAUUAUAGCACUUUGUGUAAAUUGUGGGCAAUGUCAAAUUCCUAUCAGCUAAAUGUGUCUGUAAGUGUUUUUAUAGUUAUGAUAAUUUUCUUGCACUCGUGAUAUCGUAAAAAUAUACUUGGUAUUGUUUCACCUUGUAAAUACAUUAUAUAGCAUUAUAACAUUCUAUAUAGAAUAUAACCUCAUCUCUGAAAGUGCUAAGACUGAUUGAGAUAUGGCAUUUUAAUAGUGAAUAUAGGCUAAAAGUAGACAUGCCGAUACGAUAGACUCGCUAGUACUAGUGUUGACAACGGACUUCUACAUCUGCAAUGGUUUUCUAUUUCAGGAAGUGUAUUUUUGGUAUAAAGAGGAAUACCAAUGGUUUAACAGACAGACAAUUAUAAUUGACAAUCAGCCUCUAGUACCUGGAAUUUUCGUACUUAUGGUCGUACUAACGGUUUUCUAAACUACAUUUUGUUGGAAAACUUAUACAUCAUAAUAAAUGGUAAUAUCUCAAAAUUCAUAAUAUGUAACAUCUUCCUGUACCGAGCAAUGCUACUCUGGAACUCUUUGCCAUCUGACAUUUAGUCACUGUCCAGAGUACAUUGUCCAGUUUUAGACCAGCCAUCUCAAACAUUGUAACCUAGACCUUUGACCUGAGACACUGUGCUCUAUUGUAAAUACUUUGAUUGUUGAUUGUUGUAUUUUUUAAAAUGUAUGUUGUAUAGUCAUGUUGAUUGCUUUGAACCUAGAAAGAUUUGCCCAAAUGGGAUAAAAGGUUUCUUAAUAAAAACUAGAGUCCGGGGACCUCAUACCUCCAUGAAAUA